AUGGAUCGCCACACCAGCGUCGCUAGUCUGCUCCUGAAGGCGGACUUGGCCCCUGACCCUCUGGAGCGCAUGCUGGCAAUCUCCAGAGUGGUCAUCACCUACACCCUGGACCUCCUCCGUGCCGGCCAGGGCAUGGGGGAGACCCCGGUUGUCAUCCUGGGUCAGCACAUCAUGUCCCAUCGGGACCUAGCCGAGAAGCACCGAGGGGAUGCGGUGGUGGUGAUGCUGCAAGAGAUCUGCUCCUACGACCCCGAGGCCCGGGUGACCCACAUUCAGGGUAAGGCGCGCGGACCCGAGGUGGCCGAGCUGGCGCUGCAGGCGGUGCCCUCCUGCGCUGUGCGCGCUGCGCGGGGCGCGCUGGGCACCCUGGGCCAGGUCUCCGCCGCGCCAUACGGCAACGGCCGGGUCUCGCUGCCGCGACAGGACGAGGUCUACACCUUCACCCUGCCCCUGCUGCACCUCACCGAGCCGCUCGCCGAGGUGUGCCCUCUGGAGCUGGCAGGAAACUGCACCGUCACCUGCUCCGCCACGGGCCUGACCCUGACCCUCAAGUUCCGGGACGAGCACUCCGUCAAGGGGUCCAUCGUGAAGCGAGGCAGCGAGGCGCGCAUCGCCAUCUUCUCCGGCCGCUGGGACGGGGCUGUGAACGUGGAGGUGCCGGACCUGGGGGCGGGAGGCACGGUGAGCAACGCGCGGGCGCUGGCGCCCGCCGUGGUGCCCUGGGUCAACGCGGCGCAGCCCGGGCCGCGCCGCCUGACGCGGCUCUGGAGCGCCAUCCUGCAGAGCAUGUACUUCAUGGACGUGCAUCAGGCGGCGGCAUUCGGGAAGCGGGCAGAGGCGCUGGCGACAGACAUUGUGCCGCUGCUCAAAGGAUCCUUGCUGUAUGAGGUCGCCGAGGGCAUCAAGGCCGGGAAGAAAGGGGAGCCCACCGCGAUCGAGAGUGCGCAGCCGCCCUCGCGCGAGCCCGCGCUGCCCCCGGCCAUCAGGAAGGCGCACGCCGACGGCCGUGCCCUGGUGUACCAGCUGCACUACAGCGUGCAGACCAUGGCAGACUGA